CUGCGGAACUAGGAAUAUAAAACAAGGCGGAAACUAAAAUCUCUUUUUUUCUACACACAUGUAGCACUGACAAUCUUGUUACUAAGAUAUUUAUCAAGUUUCGGAAUUUAGUAAAAAAUUUAAAAAAAAUGCGCCAAAAUUCGAUAUCUUGUUAGCGACUAACUGAUAUCGGUUAUUAAAAAUGGAGACGCAGACAUUUAAAAUUAAACUAGAUAAAGAAAUGGCUGAGUAUUUUAGCCAACCACCUGGAGAGGAUGGCGAUAGCGAGGCUUAUGAUCUACAUAUGGGAAUCUUAGAAUUAAGUGUUAGUAUAGGUAACUUUACUCACGAUGUGGAAAAAUCGUUAAAUUAUAUAGCCGCAAGCAGUACGACCUUAAAAUGUUCCUUUGAUUUGGAACUCCUCAAUGAUUUUCGGAUAAAAUUCGAACAAAUGGAACAAGGAAUGGAUCCUGAGGAAAGAGCUCUUCAUGAUACCCGAGGGAAUUUGUUUAUGCGUCUCUAUAACGAACUGGCAGACAAGGAGCCGGAUGAGAUAAAACGAUGCGAGUUCCUUAAACUUUUCUAUGAUCUAUUCGAUUCGAAUAAGGCGCCCCAAGAAUCGCCAACUUCUCGCAUAGAAGUAAGCGAUAGUAUACAUGGCCAGGAUCAAAGAAUACGGGAACCAAUUAAUAGAAGUCCAGAUGCCAAAGAAAUAUGUUCCGACUCGAAAAUUGAUAUGUAUUUGGAAUCGAAAAUAUUCCGAAAUGAAGCUAAUACACAUGGCUUAGCAAUGAUUUUGGACUUAAAUAAGGAAAUAUGUUAUCAAGAUAAAAAAGAGGAGUUAUGCCAAGUUCAUACUGAAAUAGCUUAUGUUGAAGGUUAUAGUUUAAUGAAUAGUUAUGCAGCAAUAAUUACCUGCCCAAUGGGCAUCAAAAUUGAUUAUGGUAUCGCUAUUUUAUCUGAACUGAAAGUUAUUUCCGCAGAACCAAAGAAUUCAAAAACCGAUUUGAAAAUGGAAACGAUCUCGUCAAAUGUUCAUGAAAAUAAAAUUUCUAUUCUUUUAGACGACUAUUUGGCUAACAUUUCUUUGAUCGAUCUACACGUUGAAGGUUAUAGUUUAAUGGAAAGAUAUGCAUUAAUAAUUACCCGCUCAAUGGGCAUCAGAAUUGAUAAUGGCAUCGCUAUGUUAUCUGAACUGAAAGAUAUUUCCGCAGAACCGAAGGAUUCAAAAACCGAUUUGAAAAUGGAAACGAUCUCGUCAAAUGUUCAUGAAAAUAAUAUUUCCAUUGCUUCAGAUGACUAUUUGGCUAACAUUUCUUUGAUCGAUGUACAAGUUGAAGGUCAUAGUUUAAUGGAAAGUUAUGCUGGAAUAAUGACCUGCCCUAUGGGCAUCAGAAUUGAUAAUGGCAUUUCUUUCAACUGUGAGGUUAUUCUAGCUGUAGAUGAUUAUAUUGAUUGUGUCUCUUCAAUGGAACCUGUGGAUAGCUCCUCCAAAUAUAAUUUUAUAGUCGUUUCUUCAGUUGUUCCUAAUGAACAAGGUUUAAAAAGUGUUAAUGAACAGGUAAUUGAUACAAAUAUGAUGAAAGGAAUUCAUGAUGGCACAGAAGAAAUGAAUGAUGAAUUGCCCGAAAAAGUAGAGGUAUCGAAUGAUGUGGAAGACACGAAUAUUAAUUCGUUAAUUUUUGAUGAAGCUGAUGCUCUAAAUGAUCCUAAAAACGAAACUUAUAGUGCUUUCGCUGAUGAUCUUAGUAAAAUAAAUAAACCAGAAAAACCAGAACCUCGUACCUCCAUAAAUUCGGAUUUCAACCAGUAUGAUUCCAAUAGAAGUACUCAACCUCUUCCCUAUAAUACAACUGCUUCUUGUUCGAUGAAAAGUUCAUAUAAAGGAGCUUCUAAAAUUCCUAUAAGAAAUAAUUCUCGUAAGUCACCCUUCGAUGCUCUCAAAAAUGGAACUGGUAAAUUUUCGGAAAACCAAUGUAAUAAAAUAACAAUUGAUGCAUCAAGUGAACCAGUAGAAAUGGAUAACGAUGGAAAAAGCACCUUACAGGAAAUCGAUCUGAAAUCGCCAAAGCUGGAGGAUCAGACUUUGAGUCAACUAAGACAAGCGGUAAGUGAUGUUAAGGUAAAUAUUUUGAAAGAAGUCGACAAGUCUCUGGAAGUGACCUUUAAGAAAUCUUCUGACAUACUAUUGAGUAACUCGUCCAGGGAAAUUGUUAAAAGCGAGAUGAAAAACUUCGGCCGAAAUUCCAGAUUUACAGAUGAGCUUCGAUUACAACAUUCAGAAACACGUUCCCAAAAUAUUUAUAGACACAAUAAUUCGGCCACACAAAAUAAAUCGUGUAAGUCUUUACCAAAUGCAAGUCCGAGAAGAAAGCUGAAUAAGUCAUCGCCGAAGUUUAUUAAAAGAAAUCAAACAGCUCGAUUGAAUAAGAAAAUGGUCAAAUGUGAUGAUGAUCCAGACGACAUAAAUUCACCUAGAGAUAUCAAUGAUAACUGCAAGGACUGCAGUUUGGCUAAAAAUUCGUUGGAUUUGAAAACAUCACCAGAAAAGUCAGAACAAUUUUUUGCUGAAGAGGGUAGUAAGAAAAUAAUUGAACUUUCAAUCAGCAAAAGCACACAGUCGUUUAUAGAACUUGAGCAAUACGUUAGAAACAGCAUUAAUGAUGAUAUUGCCGAUCAAAUUGAAGAUCUUAAAGAUUUAAGUUUAUCGACUUAUAAGUUAUGCGUUGAUACUUGCGGAGAUGGUUUUGAUCUAGAUAAUCAGGAAAAGAUUUCACCGACUUGUAGUCAAAAAAAUCAAACUGUUAGAGAUAUUAGACUAAAUGUUCUAGAUGAAAAGGAUAUCGUUUGUAUUUGUAAGGAUAAUCACAGCGGACAAAGGCUUUGUGGAGGUGGGGUGCAAAAAUCCGAAGAUUUAGGCUCAUUGUCAUUAAGAAUUGAUGAAUGUACGGAAUUAGGAAGAAGAAUUAACCCAGGAGAGCUAAUGGAAUUCGUUGACGAAAAAGUGAUUUCACCAACAUUAAGUCAACUUAGCCAAAGGAGUAAUCUUUUAAAGCUUCAAGUUUUAAAGACUAUGGAUGAGGUCUUGUCCAAUGUUUCAGCGUUAAAUAAUACUAUUAUAGACGAAGAAGUUGAAAUUGAUACCCCUAUGUUAGUUGAAAGUCUUUGUGAAGCUUCGAACGAAGAUUUAAACAUUAACAUCUCCGAGGGAAUCGCUGAUAUAAGUCCAAUGCCAACUCCAGGUCACCCACCCGAUGAGCAAGACGAACUUUCACCGAUAUUAGGCCAAAUUUCGAAAACGGUUAGUGAUGUCAAGAUAAACAUUUUGAAUGAAGUGGAUAAAUCUUUGUCGGAAAUAACCUUAAAAAGUGUUUCUGCCAUUUUAAAGAAGCGAAAAUUUAAAGAAUAUUUUAGUAACCAGCAUAACCAGGACUUAGAUUAUACUACAGAUGAAUGUACUUUGCUUGAUUUGUCGGGCGAAAGUGUGGUUAAUUUAAGUCCUUCAAGGAAUGUUGAUACAUUUAUAUCUGAAUGGACUCAAAAAAAUCCUUCUGAUGCUAUACUUGGAAAACAGUUCCCAAAAUAUGUAAGACACACGUCGGAAACUUCAGAAUUAAGUGAAUGCUCUGAAAGACGGUCGUUAAGUAGGAACAGUAACCAAACCCUUUAUUUAUGUAAGAGUUGUAAUGUAAAGGUAAAUUAUUCAGAGGUGGUGGAUAAAUACUUUGCUGAAGGUUUGUGUAUAAGCAAGAAAAAAUGCAAAGUGGCUGAGAGAAACGAUUUGAGUAAUUUAGAGAGCAAAUCCAGAUCCAGAUGGCACCAUCAACGUUAUAUUAUUGCCGCCCCACGCGCUAUAAUUAAGUCCUUUAAGUCGAACCCUGCAUACGGGUGGUCACCUGAUGACCCGAAUGCUCCUGAUUUUUAUGAACAACUGGAUCAAUUUGUCGAGGUCACGGGCCAAAAAAAAUAUCGCGCAGACUGUGAUAUAAUAACCGCAUCGCUACAACCUCGGCUAAGUCGUGCUCUAAAAUGUAUCAUAAGACAAGCGCCUAAGAAUACGAGCUACCCCGAUUUGAUAAGUAUUGUGGGUGUAGUCCAGUUGGAACAGUUGCUCACUAAAAAGGAAAGGGCGGCAUAUGAAUCCUUGCGCUGGCAGUUAAGGGAUAAAGGUGAUCAGGACUUAUCUGCAGAGUCUCUAUUCACCGAUGCUCUCCACGGUAUGAUGGGCUAUGGAUCGCCCCAUUUGAAGUUGUCAUCAUUAACAGGAAGACUACUAUUGCGCUCACCUCAUCAUCAGGAUAGCAUAAGUGAGUCAUAUCUGUUGUUGGCCUUUGGUCACUUGGGAUACUUUUAUCGCGAGCUGAAGGAACAUCAAGUGAGGCUUGCCGAACAGGGCGAUACUGCGGUUGCCCUUAGAAAAUGUUUACAAAAGUAUCUACUUAAUUUUCACCAAUUUUAUGAUGUACAGAAAAAGAAUCCCAGCUCACUGCUUACCUUGUAUCGCAAAACUCGAGAUUUUCAACGGAAUUUUGAGUGGUUAUUAGAGGUGUUUAACAAUGUUCAGAAAGCAGAGUCUAUUGUUGUCUAUCUUUAUGAGGAAUCAAGCCGAAGAACCGGAUAUCAAAGGAACUUACUACUCAAAUGGUUAAAAUUGGUAAUUCAACCAUUCAUAUAUAAUCUUCACAAAUGGCUUUUGAAUGGUAGACUCCCUUAUACUACUAAUCGCGAUAUGUUUCUUAUUGAACAAACUAAUUAUUUAAAGAUAGAUGAAUUUUGGGAAAAACGCUACCGGAUCACAGAGUCUUUCUCUGGUAUUUUUGACCUUCAGUUAAGUGAAAUUCUGAUAAGUGUCGGCAAAACUGUGGAAUACUCAGAAAAGUAUUUGGGCAUUAACGUUGAAAGUUGUGUACCUAGAAAUGAAGUUCGUUGUAUGUUGAUAGACACAUUCGAUAAGUUAAUUCGGCAUGGCGAUCAGGAACCACUCUACAAUUUCGUUCGUAAUCUGCACUUGGAAAUAUCAAGCAAGGUUCUAAAGAAUCUUGAAAUGACUAAGACCAAUCCGGAGUACCUGUUUUCUGAGCUCCAUAAGUACAUAAUGCUUACGGAUCUUAACUUUACCAUGGAAUUCAUUAACGCUUUAGAGUCCGUCCUUGGUGAACCCGAAAGUUCUUUCGAUAUACAACUCUUUAACGAAAUAAAAAAUAAAAUGUUGCACAAACCAGUUUCGGACAUCUAUAUAGAUAAAAGCGAGUCCGAGGGAUCCAGGUGUUGGUCAAAGCUAAUACUCCGUUGGAGGAUACCGACCCAUUGGAGAGCACUACUCGGCGAGGAUUCCAAGGCGUACGAGGUUAUCUUCACCGCAAUGUGGAGAUUUCAUUAUGUUAACUAUGUGCUCAAUGAAGGAGUACAUCGGAAACAGAUCUUGUUUAAAAAACAUAUUGAAUGUAAAUAUUUUGAAGGCCUUAAUGACACACUCAAAUGUUUCUCCAAGCUGAUAAACGCUUGUAUGCGCCUAAUGAAUGUUCUAAGGGAGUAUUUUUUGGACUAUUUAUUAGAGCCAGCAUUCGCAAGACUUUUGUGGUGUUGCAAGAACGCAAUUACCGUCGACGAACUACUGGUUGCCAAUAGAAAGUAUCUGAAAACCAUUAUAUUGGGAUGCCUGCAAUCGAAAAAUCUACGAAAAUAUCUGGAGCGACUUUAUGAUCUCAUACUUCAACUUGAUAAUAAGCAGCGAAAGUUCCUAAGACUAAGUCAAACAACAGUGGAAUAUGUGAUUAGAGUUCGCAAAGAACAACCACAAAACAUUUUUUCCACCUAUUAUAGGGAACGAAUGCUGCAGUUUCGUUGGACCUGUCAAAAUUACUCGGAUGUUAUCAAUGAGCUGCAAGCUCAAUUUGAUUCGGCAAUGAUUAACUUUUUAUUAUCUCUUCAACUAGCAGAUGAGGACUUAUUAAGGGGCCUAGCCAAAAGAUUAGAUCCCGAUCACUAUUAUAUGGAAAAGGAUAAUAGAUUGGAUCUAGUUCAAUAUUUCGAGUUUAGAAGGAAGCUGGAAAGGAAAAGAUCACAGUAAAUUACUUAAGUUAUUCCAUUUUUCAUAUUUCAAUAUUUCCUAUUUAAUACUGCCUUUUGUAAAAUGUGCAUAUGUGGUCACCUUGGUAGCUUAAUAAACAUUUGUAAAUUCUA